AUGAAUGUGAACGCUUUUUGUUAUCAGUACAGUUAAAGAGCAACCCCUGAUACAACAGAAACUGACAAGCUACACUAAACGAAGGACACACUGUGCAUUUUGAGCGCGGCUAGAGUGAAUCAGAAUGACAGACAGAAACCCUGGUGGAAGACGUCUUAGGCAGUGGCUGAUUGAGCAGAUUCAAAGCAAUUUGUACGCAGGACUUUUGUGGGAAAAUGAAGAGAAAACCAUGUUCCGAAUUCCUUGGAAACACGCCGGAAAACAGGACUACAACCAAGAAAUCGACGCUUCCAUCUUUAAAGCCUGGGCCAUCUUUAAAGGCAAAUUUAAGGAGGGAGAUAAAGCUGAGCCUGCAACGUGGAAGACGAGGCUUCGCUGCGCUUUAAACAAGAGCCCCGACUUUGAAGAAGUCUCGGAGAGGUCACAGCUGGACAUAUCCGAGCCUUACAAGGUGUACAGGAUCGUCCCGGAGGAAGAGCAGAAAUGUAAAGCUGCAGCCAUGAAUGGGAGCAGCUGCAGUGAUGUCACAGACAUGGAGUGCAGCCCAUCGGAACUGGAUGAGCUCAUAAAAGAGUCAUCAGUCGAUGAGUACCUUGGCAUAAUCAAGAGGAGUCACUCCCCUCCACAGGAGACCUGCCGUAGUCAACCACAGCAAGAGUGGUGGCCACAGCCAAACAUGAGCCCACUGCCAGUGAUGCAAGAACAUCCAGCAUCUGGGAAUUUCAAUGCAGCCUUUUCACAGAUGGUGAUUACCUUCUACUAUGGAGGAAAGAUAGUGGGCAGCACCCCCGUCACUCACAGCGACGGCUGCCGUAUCUCUCCAUUCCAGCCGGCCGUCACCAAUGAGGUCCUGUACGGGUCGGACAGCCUGCAGAAUGUGAAGUUCCCCCCCGCGGAGAUCAUUGAGAACGAGCGCCAGCGCCACAUCACCAGGAAGCUCUUCAGCCACCUGGAGCGGGGGGUGCUGGUGCGCAGUAACCGCGAGGGCAUCUUCAUCAAGCGGCUGUGCCAGAGCAGGGUGUUCUGGAGCGGCCUGUGCUCUCCCUACAGUGACAGCCCCAACAAGCUGGAGAGAGACGCAGUGGUCAAGAUCUUCGACACCAGCAGGUUUUUGACAGUUUUGCAGCUGUACCAGGAAGAUCGAUGCCCAGCUCCUGAUCCCACAGUAACCCUGUGCUUCGGAGAGGAAUUCCCUGACGCUCACCAUAUGAAAUACCAAAAGCUACUCAUUGUGCAGAUCACACAAAUGAACUGCCAGCAGCUCUUGGAUGCUGUGAAUGUACAGAGGCAUAGCUACAGCAGUGGGAGCCUGGAGAUUUCUGAUGAGAACCAGAACGACCAAAUGGUCUCCACAAAACACACAAACCAACAGCUAGCAGAACCUCAAAUGUCCAAAAAUCACAUCUCAAUUUGUUUUUAGACAUUGGGGUGAAGUAAAUAUCUUUACAAACGCAUAAUACCACAUAAUUACUGAAGCCAGUACUUUCCUUCAUCCAUGGCCAAGACUGCAAAUAUCCCGGUGAAGCUAAAAGUGCAGGGUAUGUACAGACAUGUGAAGGUUAGUACUUUAGACACCCUGUUGGUUAAAACUGAACACAGCAUUCAAUUUAAGUCUGCUGAAUGAAACCAGUUUAACUGGAACAUUGCAAUUGACCCUUUCUUAUCUGUAGCACAAACAAAAAAAAUUUAACAAAAUCAGCAGUACAAGGAAACAUUUGUCUGAUCUUCUUCCUGUUUUUACUAGAUGAUUCGCCCUAAAAGAAACACAAUAGCUGGAUGAGUUGGUGUGGGUCCUGAUUAUUAAUUAUUAAAAGUAUUAUUAAAAGCUAUGAUGAGUGGUCAUGAUCAUUUCAGAGAAAUACUCUCACUUUCCCAGUAGCUACAAAUUGUAUUAAAAUGAAAUGGAAACAACACUUAAAGUCCCAUAGAUACUAUUUCAAGAAGAGCUAAUACUGCAAGUGGUAAGAAAAUAAAGAAAUGCCUACUAUACUCAGUUUUUUAAGUUAGCAGUAUCCUGCUAUAAAACCAGACAGACUGGGUAAAAACAAAACAUUUGUAUAUUGACUGUUCACACAUAUCAUACAUUUUAGAAAACUCGA